GGAGAGAGGGGGAGACAAACAGAGGGAGGCAGAAGGAAGAGGAGAGGUAAGAAAAAAGAGGAGACAGAGCAGAGAGGAAGAGGAGAGAGAAGGAGUGAAAUUAAAAAAGAGUGAAGAGACAGAAGACAAGUGCAGCUAAGACAGGACAGAUCUGAAGAGGAGAGGAUGCUGCUGCUGCUGCUGCAGCUGAGCGUCUCUGCCUGACUUCUGAGGAGUUUGGGCUCGGACAUGACGGAGAUGCAGCACCUGUGUGUCUGAGCAUCUUUCAGUUUGUGUGUUAAUGUGUGUGAAGUCAUGGCGAGUGCUCAGCCGGGGGUCCACGCUUUAAAACUCCAGCCUCCCUCCGUCUCUCAAACACUGAAGAACGGAAGCAACUUCAUUAAAUGGGACGAGGAUCUGUCCACCGUGACUCCGGUGACUCUACAUGUGGAUCCACAUGGAUUUUACCUCUACUGGACCGACCAGAACAAGGAGACAGAGGUGUUGGACCUGACGUUCGUAAAAGAUGUCAGAACGGGGAGAAGCACCAAAACACCCAAGGAGGCCAAGCUGCGGGAGCUGCUGGAUGUGGGAAACCUGGUUGGCCGUCUCGAGAACCGCAUGGUUACCGUGGUUACGGCAUCAGACCUUGUGAACGUGAACCAGCUUAACUUCAUCGCUUCACAGGAGGACGAAGCUAAGAUGUGGUGUGAGGAAGUAUUUUCUCUGGCUUCCAACCUACUGAGCCACAAUCUGAACAGAGACCACAGUCUGUUAAAAGCGUACGUCAGGUUAACCCUCCAGCCGAACGCAGAGGGGAGAAUCCCCGUCAAGAACAUCGUUCGACUGUUUUCAUCAGACAGAAAGAGAGUGGAGAACGCCCUGGAGAGCUGCAAACUGCCCUACGGACGGGGUGACAGCAUCAAGCUGGAAGACUUUACACUUGAAAUGUACAGGAGCUUUUUGGACAGCCUGUGUCCUCGUCCUGAGCUCGGCAACAUCUUCAAACUGCAAGGAUGGGCUGACGGCACGCUGUCAGUCGAUCAGAUGACAGAGUUCGUCAACAACAAGCAGAGAGACCCGAGGCUGAACGAAAUCCUCUACCCGCCUCUCCGUCCUGCACAGACACACGCUCUGAUGGAGAGGUACCAGCAUGACAAGGAACAGCUGAAGCAAGACAUCAUCUCUGUCCAGGCGUUCUCCAGUUAUUUGUCCAGUGAUGAGAACGGAGUCAUCCCUCCAGAGAAACUGGAUCAGUCCGAAGACAUGAGCUUCCCCCUGUCUCACUACAUCAUCAACUCAUCACACAAUACAUACCUGACAGCGGGCCAGCUGGCAGGAAGCUCCUCGGUGGAGAUGUACAGGCAGGUUCUCCUGGCCGGAUGCCGCUGUGUGGAAUUAGAUGUCUGGAAAGGACGAACUGCUGAGGAGGAACCCGUCAUCACACACGGGUUCACCAUGACAUCGGAAAUCCCUUUUAAGGAAGUGAUUGAAGCUAUUGCAGAGUGCGCCUUCAAGACAUCACCUUUCCCCGUCAUCCUGUCCUUCGAAAACCACGUGGACUCUUUGAAGCAGCAGGCUAAAAUGGCUGAAUAUUGUCGAUCUAUUUUCGGAGAGGCGCUGUUGAUUGACCCUCUAGACAAAUACCCUCUGGAGUCCGGCGUCCCCCUGCCCAGUCCUCAGGAGCUGAUGGGCAAAAUUCUCAUCAAGAACAAGAAAUCCCACAAACCCUCCAACAACACAGACACCAAAAGACUGACGGACCAACCUGCCAAUCAGAGCAACGAACCGGUGUCUCCUAGCAACAACACAGGAGAGAUCGAGGCUGAGAGUGAGGAAGAUGAUGAUGAUGAAGAUGAUGAUGGUAAAAAGGGCUCAGCGGAGCGGGAGGCCGUGGCUACAGAGGAAAUGUCAACUCUGGUAAACUACGUCCAGCCAACCAAGUUCAACUCCUUUGAAGCCUCAAAGAAGGCAGCCCGCUGUUACCACAUGUCGUCUUUUGUGGAGACCAAAGCUUUGGAGCACCUCACAAAGUCGCCAGUGGAGUUUGUGGAAUAUAAUAAAUCCCAGCUGAGUCGUAUCUAUCCGAAAGGAACCAGAGUUGACUCGUCCAACUUUAUGCCUCAGCUCUUCUGGAACGCCGGCUGUCAGCUGGUCGCUCUCAACUACCAAACUAUAGAUUUGUCGAUGCAGCUGAAUCUCUUCAUGUUCGAGUACAACGGUCGCAGCGGCUACAGACUGAAGCCAGAGUUCAUGAGGCGGCCAGACAAACACUUUGACCCUUUCACAGAGAACACAGUGGACGGCAUCGUAGCCAACACCCUUUCUGUGAAGAUCAUUUCAGGCCAAUUUCUAACUGAAAAGCGGGUUGGUGUUUACGUGGAGGUGGACAUGUUUGGGCUUCCUGCGGACACCAGGAGGAAAGCGCUGAAGACCAAAACGUCCCAGAACAACAACUCUGUCAACCCGGUGUGGGACGAAGAGCCGAUUGUCUUCAAAAAGGUGAUCCUUCCGACUCUGGCCUCUAUUAGAAUCGCUGCUUUUGAGGAAGGAGGAAAGUUCAUUGGCCAUCGGAUUAUUCCAGUGUCUGCCAUCAGACCAGGUUACCGUUACAUCAGCUUGAGGAAUGAGAAGAACCAGUGUCUGAUUCUACCGGCUGUGUUUGUCUACAUCGAGGUCAAAGACUACGUCCCGGACACAUUUGCAGAUGUGAUCGAGGCUUUGUCCAACCCCAUUCGAUAUGUCAACCUCCUGGAGCAGAGGUCCAAACAGCUGGCGGCUCUGACGCUGGAGGACAUAGAGGAGGACACGCAGGCCGAGGAAGAGGCAGACAGCUGUGCGGAGCGUAAGAACGAUCUGAAAUCAGCUCCGCUGGAGAACGGGCUCAGCCCCGCCUCUGGACCUACAGGCCACACCCCCAUCGCAACCACGCCCAAAGCCUCUGCAGCCAAUCAGCAAACUGCUACGACAGAAGCAGCCAAACCAGCAGCAAAGAGUGAAGAUCUGGUUUUAAGUGUUUUGAUAGAUGUUCAAGUGUGCGCCAUGGAGAAUCUGCAGCAGUCGAAGGUUUACCAGAAGGAGCAGAGGCGUCAGUUUAAAGAGCUGAAGGAGCUGGUGAGGAGGCACCAGAAGAAAACCUCAGAGCUCCUCCGAGAGUUCAACAACAAGUACAAGAAGACGGCCAGACAGUGCAGCAAGAGCAGGGGCUCGUGUUCGGACAGUGAGAAGGACGAGCGCCUCCAGAAGCUGAGAGAGGAGCAGCAGCAGCAGCUUCUGGCUCUGAGGCAGGAACAGUACUACAGUCAGAAAUAUCUACAGAGAGAACAUAUUAAAAUGCUGACAGAGCGACUGACCAGUCUGGCUGAGGAGAGUCACAACACCCAGAUGAAGAAACUCAAAGACAUCUGCGACAAGGAGAAGAAAGAGUUGAAGAGGCUGAUGGAUCGAAGGAGAACAGAGAAGAUCAACCAGGCGAAGACCAAAGAGAAACAUCUGGCUGAAGAGGAGAAGAUUGAGAUCAAUAAGUCCUACGUCAAUGAAGUCGUCCAGAACAUAAAACGGCUUGAGGAGACUCAGACAAAGCGCCACGAUCAGCUGGUGGAGCAGCACAACGAGCUGCUGCAGGAGAUACAAGACCAGAAACCAAAGCUGCAAGGGGCCGUCGAGGCCGAGUUUCAGGAGAAGUUCCAGUGUUUGCCCGGAGAGAUUGAAGACUUCCUGCAGGACAGGAAGAUGGAGCUUAGAGGUCACAGCAAGUCCCGAUCUUCGACCCCACACGAAACUCUGUCAGAGGAGGACUGAAGUGUGCCGAGGAGCGAAGAACCAGAGUCUGUGCGGAGCGAAUCGAUCAACGUACGAGGAAGUAAGAGCGGAAACAAUGAUGAAGGGGUGGUGAGAGGAGAGCUCAAGAUCAUGAAGACUGUUACCUUUGUUUUUAAUGGAAGAAUGCUUUAAUGAUUUAUUUUUUAAUUCCAUUCGAGCAUGCACUUUGCUGUACUUCAGCGUUUAAUCAGAACCCAUUAAGUCUUAUUUACUGUCAUGUGUUAUUUUGACAGACAACUGAAACCCAACACUUUGUACUGCAUGACAACCUGAUCUAUCUAUCUAUCUAUCUAUCUAUCUAUCUAUCUAUCUAUCUAUCCAUCUAUCCAUCUAUCCAUCUAUCUGUCUAUCUAUCCAUCUAUCUAUCUAUCUGUCUAUCUGUCUAUCUAUCUAUCUAUCUAUCUAUCUAUCUAUCUGUCUGACAGUUUGUGCAGUGAACAUAUAUUUUAUAUGCAGAUGGAGAGAUGUUAUACAGUGGCACACAAUCGCUUCAGCAGCAGAUUUCCAGCAGCUCUUUUAUCUUCUCAUUAGUCAGUCAGCUGUCAGCGGCCAUGACAGCUUCUACAACGGUUAACACUACAAUAAUACCACAUUUACAAAGAGCAGCUGGAGGUUAUUUUACUUUGUGUGGUGAUGAAGGAGGGACCGUGCUCCUCUCCUCUUCUUUUUCCUCUACCUACAUAUAUCAAGCACGUCUAAAAUAAAGAGGUAAAAUCGAUUACAAUCAGACAUGAUGUUGCACACUAUAACAACAUGUGACGAUGUGCACAGCAGCACGUGAUGACACACACACACACACACACACACACACACACACACCAGUGUAAUGUGAAUACUGUAUACUGUUUCAGGAUGUGGGCAAAUACACACACAGUGGUUUUUACCAUCUUGGAUUUAUGUUGCAUCAAUGAAUCUAAUGUCAUAUAAUAUUUCAGAGUAUUAUUGAGCCUUUUUUUGUUUUUUUGUGUUACUUUUUUACACCAUAGGGUGAUUGUUCAUCCAUAUAAUACAUAGGAACUGGGAUGAAGUCCAUAUUCAGGAUGUGAAAGGAUAGAUCGGAUCUCUUGAGGGGGGGGUAGUAUGAGGUACUUAUGGUGCGUUCCAUUCGUAUUGGGAAGUCAGAAUUUCUGGAUUCCCAAUCAGGAAUUUCAGCUGGAAUGCCCGAUGACGUCAGAUUUCCAACUCAAGCUGAAAAUACACCGGCGUUGUGGCGCAUAAUGUGACGUUCGUCAAGUGCCACCCCAAGCACAGACGUCAACAUAUGCCCAUGCAAAGUUGUUACUACUUUUACUGACAGAUCUGUACUUCCUCCACCUCUGUGUUAGCUUAAACUCAUGUGUGGACAGCCACUAAUUAAACUUGAUGUCUCACCUGAAGAGUCGAUCUCCAGAGCUGUGACUCAACAGGCAAUAUCUUUUUGACCAUUGUCUUUAUAAUGACGGGACUGUCGGUUGUUUGUUGUUGUUGUUGUUGUUGUAUAGAUCUUCUGUGUGUGAAGCAUCCAUGUUUUCACAGAUAUGAAUGGAAACUGUCAGAGAAACCUGACUGGUGUGCAGAGGCAUACAACCGCGAGGUGGUUAUUCUAGUUUGUUAGGUCAAUGGUUCCCAACUGGUCCAACCACAGGGUCCAGAUUUCUCCUUAGUCUGUAGCCCUUUUUAGAUAGGAGUUGUGCAAAUUUGCAAGAAAGCCCAGUCAGUCUUUUUUCAGCAUUGGCAGUAUAAAAACAAAAUCGGGGAGUG